AGGAUCGUCACACCACAGGCUGCCCAUGAACUCACUGCUAUCUUCAAAAGGGGCAUCACUGGUCCAUGGAUUAAGUUCUCGGAGUACCCUGCUUCUGCUUUGCAGACCGUGAUUGCUCAUUUCAAGGAAUCUGGGUUCACAUGCUCUCUUCCAGAAGAAGAACUCAAUGUUCAUCUCAAGGAACACAUCAAGAGGAACUUCUCCCAGUGGAUGUAUGGGUUCCGCAACCGAGUCUUCAAUCAAUAUCCUACCCUUGCUGAAAGGAUUAACAAUCCACCUACUGAAAUCCCUGCUCAUAUUUGGAGGGAAAUGGUUAACAAGUGGAGUGAUCCAAACUGGAAGAGCACCAGUGAUAAGAACAAAGCCAAUCGUGAGAAGUCUGAGCUCACUGCUACUGGCGGAUCUGUUCCCAUGGCGAAGUUUAGGCUUGAUCAGAUCAAGAAGACGGGAAAAGAACCAGAUCCUAUAGAGACAUUCAAGAAGUUCCAUGUGAAGAAGGGCAAUGGUGAAUUCACCACCCCAAAAGCUCAGACCAUACAUGCUGAAUUGAAGAAUAAGGAAGCUGAGAAGUUGAGUCAAGGGGAAGAGGUGAACCAGUUUGCGAUUUAUGGUGAGGUUGUAGGAAAACAGCCUAGGAAACGUGUGUUGGGAAUGGGUUAUGGGGUAACCGGUGUGGAUGUUUUUGGCCCUAGCUCCGGUCAGGGCUGCAGCAAAAGGUGUGAAGAAGACCGAAGGCAAGAGAAGGUGAAGAAUGAUGAGAUGAUCAGAAUGCUGAAAGAAGAGCUAGUGCAGGUGAAGAAUGGAAUUCCUCAGAUUGUCGAGGAUACAUUGAAGAGGCUAUGAGUUAAUUUGGCAGAGUCCUCAAUGGCUGGAGACAAGGAGGUGAAUGAUGAAGAUGAAGAUGAAGAUGGAGACGAGGAAGUGAAUGAUGAAGAUGCGGAUGGUUUUGACCAUGAGAACAGCUCCCCCUGAUGAUGAUGACUACUAAGUUUGCAGCGCUUGGAAGAAAGCAGCAGUAGGAACUUUGAAAGUUCCAAUUUUCAAUCGGAAGUUUGCAGCUAGCAGCUAGGAAGAAGGCAGUCUUAGGAACUUUGCAAGUUCCAUUUUUCAAUCGGAUUAUGUUUAUGUUUAUGUUUUGUUUUGUUAAGUGGUUGGUUGUUUUUGUUUUAUGUUUGAACAAGUGUUUGGUUGUUUUGUUUUAUGUUUGAACAAGUGUUGAAUGUGGUCUCCUUUUAAGACAGUUUUGGUGGUUAGGCCACCUAAUUUUAU